UGGCCCCGUUCUUUCCCGUCCCUCCUCCCCCCCCCCAUCCCAACGCAGCCUACAACCUCGAAGGGCAGCCUCCUUUCUCCCUUUUGCACGAUUGUGCCAUCAGGGAAGAUCAUGAGUUUGCUCUGCCUUAUCUUCGCCCUGAGUUCUUGGGGGGUUCACGGCUUGGGAGACCCCGGUCCCUUAGAGGAUGUCGUCAUUGACAGAUACUACAUCCCCAAAGUGUGCUUGCGAGAAGUCCAGAUGGGUGACUUUGUCCGCUACCAUUACAAUGGGACCUUUCAAGACGGCACCAAGUUUGACUCCAGCUAUGACCGAGGUGCCACUGUGGCAGGUGUAGCAGGUGUGGGACGACUCAUCACUGGGAUGGACAGGGGCCUGCAGGGCAUGUGUGUGAAUGAGAGGAGGCAUCUCAUUGUGCCACCUCACCUUGGCUAUGGCAGCAUCGGUGUUGCUGGUCUGAUCCCACCAGACACCACCCUGUAUUUUGAUGUCAUCUUGCUUGACAUUUGGAACAAAGAAGACAAGUUGCAGGUCACCACCCUCUACAAGCCACAACAGUGUAAUCGCACAGUGGAAAAUUCAGACUUUGUACGUUACUACUAUAAUGGUACUCUUCUGGAUGGGACCCCUUUUGACACCAGCUAUGGAAAAGACAAUACUUAUGACACCUAUGUGGGUACAGGCUGGCUAAUCAAAGGUAUGGACGAAGGCUUGCUAGGCAUGUGUCCAGGAGAGAAGCGGCAAAUAAUCAUGCCUCCUUUUCUGGCCUAUGGAGAAAAAGGCUAUGGUACUGUCAUCCCCCCGCAGGCGUCUCUGGUUUUUUAUGUUCUUCUGAUGGACUUGCACAAUCCAAAAGAUAGUAUCUUCCUGGAGCACUUGGAAGUGCCAGCAACAUGCAAACGCAAGGCUGUAACUGGAGAUUUUGUGCGGUAUCAUUACAAUGGCACUUUGAUGGAUGGGACCCUCUUUGAUUCCAGUUAUUCACGGAAUCAUACUUACGACACUUAUAUUGGGAAAGGCUAUAUCAUCUCUGGAAUGGAUCAAGGACUACAAGGGGUCUGUGUUGGUGAAAGAAGACGGAUAAUAAUUCCUCCUCAUUUAGCCUAUGGAGAAAAUGGGGCAGGGAGCAAGAUACCGGGCUCAGCUGUCCUUGUAUUUGACGUCCAUGUCAUUGAUUUCCACAACCCCACAGAUCCAGUAGAGAUAGAAACCAUCUUCCGCCCUGCAGACUGUAACAUUACCACUCAGGAUAGAGAUUUUGUCCGUUAUCAUUAUAACUGCUCACUUCUGGAUGGCACCAAGCUUUUCUCCUCGCAUGAUUAUGAACAUCCUCAAGAAGCCACCCUGGGUACCAAUAAGAUCAUUGAAGGCUUGAACAGUGGCCUACUCAGCAUGUGUGUGGGAGAGAAGAGGACCGUCAUUGUUCCUCCACAUUUGGGGCAUGGUGAAAGUGGUGCCCGGGGUGUACCUGGAAGUGCUGUUCUUCGCUUUGACAUAGAACUUUUACACAUGGAAGUAGGUGUUCCAGAAGGGUAUUUGUUCAUCUGGCAUGGUGAGCCACCAGAAAACCUGUUUGAAGCCAUGGAUCUGAAUAAGAAUGGUGAAGUCCCAUCAGAAGAGUUCUCCACAUUCAUUAAGUCCCAGAUUGCAGAGGACAAAGGACAUAUGAUUCCAGGCAUUGAGCCGGAAAAAGUAAUCACAGACAUGUUUCAGAACCAAGACCGGAAUAAGGAUGGGAAGAUCACAGCAGAGGAACUGAAGCUGAAGUCAGAUGAGGAUCAAGUUAAACAUGAGGAACUUUAAAAAAUGAAGAAUCCUUUUUUAAAAGCACUCCAGUUUGGUGGCCCUUUCCCUAUUUUGGGGAGCAAAUUGGUCCCCAAUCACUUCCAGUGUUAGACUGGAUAUAGGAAGCCGACAGGAUUUGUUCCACAUUUGGUGUUGCUUUGACUGCAUAUUAUUGGGAACUAGUUAAAUGAGAUCAUGAUUGAACAAACCAAACCCACUGGACUAACAGAAUGAUGAUAAAUCUCCCAAUUCACUGGUGGUGUGUUUUUCCCGAGACCAACUUCUCCCACCUUAACUGCAUUCUGCUUAUUUCCUCAAGAUUGACUACAGCAGAUUGUCUUGCCCAGAAAUAAUUAAAUUAACCCAGAUAUUCUAUUUGGAAUCUGUGUAUUCACCUGUCCAAAUCAAGUAAGGUUGAAUUUCCUAUCAGGAAACCUGGACAGGGUCAUUGGAGCCAAAUAAGCAAUAACAGGACUCUUUGCAUUCAGAGACUAUUUUCAGGCUUUCAAGGCAAAGAAAGCCUGAAUUUAUUUUUCUUUUUGGUCAAAGUUAGACUAAGCAGGAAUUAAAACAAAAACACGCAACAUACAGUAAUAAUUUUCCGGGCAAUAUUCCUGCACCAUGUUGAAAGGAUUUAAUAGGUUCAGACUUUUAUCAUGACUUUGAAUUUCUUUAACUGCUGUUAAAAUGUACAGGGCUGUUUGAUGAAUAUCUUGAAAAUCUAGAGUGUCUUGAUCAGAAGGGCAUGAACAUAACUUACUUUCCUUAUAUCAGCUCUGAUUGCAUUUUUCUCUCAGUUAAUGGUGAUUUGUGGUUAGCUGAUAAAAUUAAAAUCCUUUAAUCAUUAAAAUUCUUGAAAGCAGCAUAAAAUGUGCAGAACACUUAUAGUUAUACUGACUUAUAAGAUGUUUUUGAAGGGCAGUACACACAACUAUUUGUAGUGUUUGCACACAAUACACACACACACACUAGUGAAACCUUCCCCAAACUAGUAUCUUACAGAAAUAUUUUGAUUUCAAUUCCCAUGCCUUUUUGUUUGAGAAACUGAUUUUCUCUCAUGCAUUUCAAGUUGUACAUCAAGUCAUCCAAUAAAGAUGAUAGGAACAUAGCAGCUACAUCUUUUGAAGGCCACUUCAUUCACCAGUGGAACAAAUAUUUAUCAUCAUACAUAGGCUACAAAAUUAAAUGUACUAUCUCAUGUUUCACCCACCUAAAGUCUAGGACCCAUUCUUUUUUACGCAAUUGCCAGAACAUUCAGAAAUUUACAGUAUCCAGAAUUCUUUAGGAGAACAGAAAAGGCAUAACAUUAAGGACUGAAAUCAGUUAAAUCACUACUAAA